CCUCUCGAGCCCGAACUUUCCUCUCGCGGCCCGUAUCAAAAUCGAAAUCUACGGUUAGGAUCAGGGUUUCGUCCUCGUAAACCCUAGCUCUCAAUCGAAACGCUGGCAAUGGGCGGCCGCAGCAGGAGACCGCCGGCGAAGAGAGCCAAUUCCGACUCCAACGACGGCCAUCCCUCCAAGUCGGUGAUACUUCUCAGCAGCACCGACGAUGAGGAGGCGAACAAGGAUCUGAGCCUGGAGAUCGUGGAGAGGGCAAAGGAGAGGGAAUCGAAGAGGAAAAGAGCGAUGAAGGACGAGGUGGUCUCGGUUCCUUCCGAUUCCUUCGAUGAUAUCGAGGUUAAUUUCGAUGAGGGCGAGGUUGAGGGGGAGAGGAAGAGUAAGAAGAAGAAGAAGAAGGCGAAGGCGAAGAAUAAGAAGAAAGAAAUCGGAGCAGUACCAUUAGUUGAGGAUGUGGAUGCUGCAGUCAAAGAAGAUGAACCAAUUGGAACAGCUGAUUCUGUUGUCACAGAAGUGAACGAAGUGCCUGACAAUGCGGUUUUGAGAAAGCUUUUGCGUGGUCCAAGAUACUUUGAUCCUGUUGAGAGAAAUUCGAGUGCUUGUUUCAAUUGUGGCGAGGAAGGCCAUGCUGCUGCAAACUGCACCUCGGAGAAGAGGAAGAAACCAUGCUUUAUCUGUGGGAUGUUUGGUCACAUUGCUAAGCGUUGCACACAGGGACAAGAUUGUUUUAUAUGCAAAAGAAGAGGCCAUAUUGCAAAAAACUGCCCAGAGAAGAACAAACAUAUUUCUCAGGAUUGCGUUAUCUGCUUACGAUGUGGAAAUUUAGGACAUGAGAUGCUAUCAUGCAAAAAUGACUAUGCACCUGAGGAUCUGAAGGAAAUACAAUGUUAUGUUUGCAAGAAUUUUGGUCAUCUUUGUUGCGUGGACUUUGUUGAUAACAGUCCAAGAGAAGUCUCCUGUUAUAAUUGUUCCCAAACUGGGCAUACCGGUCUUGGAUGUGCCAAGCGACGUGGAGAAAUGACUGAUGUUUCUACAUCUUCGACUGUAUGCUUCAAAUGCGGUGAAGAAGGGCAUUUUGCACGGGGCUGCACAAACAAUUUGAAGUUUGACCGAUGGGAAAGUGGAUCUUCGACUCCAUGGAGACCUACUGAUGAAAAUAGAGAAUCCUUGGGGUUCCGAUCAGUGCCUAAUGAGUUUGGCAAGCCACGUAAGAACAAGAAAAAGACAUUCUACUAUGAGGAUGAUUUUGAGGACAGAUGGAACACAUCAAGCAGUAAGUCCAAGAUAAAGGGUGGCUGGAUCGUUGAUGAUCCAGAUGAAAUAUCAAGACGAUCACAUGAGAAAGCUAACCGUUGGAAAUCUCACACAAGCCCGACUACAAAGAGCCACAAAUCUUACUCUAAAACUUCCAGUGGGUAUUAUUCUACUCCUCAAUCUCCUUUCAGCAAGCAAAAAUCAUUCAUGGGAACUCCGAAUUCUCAUGCUGCGAGCAGACAUCAUAGCAGGCACUCUAAUGGGUACUCUACUCCGAGACAUUAUGGUCGAUCUCAAGGUUACUAUGAUAGAACUUAGUUAUAGAAUGAUUUACUCCUGUAGAAUGAUCUACUCCCGAGUAUUCUCCUGUUGUGAGAGAAGGAAAUAUUUAUCACAAGCCCUUGUGAAAAUUUGGUGUGAUCCAUGAAGUGUGAAGUAGAUCCAGGGCAUUGGACCUCUCUGGUCAAGAGUAAGUGACUCUGCCCUGGUGUAACUUGCAAGCAAAUUCAUUGUAUGACACUUUGUUAAACUAUGUUCAAAUUUUGUUUGAGGUAUUAAUUUAAAUUCCCAGGCUCCAUCUUUACCUGUAGUUUUCUCUUA